GUUGCCGUGGCGCGGAGAAGUCUGCAAAACAAGAGGCUGCGGCUUGGGUAGUAAGGAGCCAGUUCUCGCCGGAGCUUGGGGAAGGAAGUGUCCGCGUCGGCCUCGGAGGGACGCGCUCGCGCCAGGUAGACGCCGCGCCACCGUCAGCGAUGGGCAAGGGAGACCCCAACAAGCCGCGGGGCAAGAUGUCCUCGUACGCCUUCUUCGUGCAGACGUGCCGCGAGGAGCACAAGAAGAAGCACCCCGACUCGUCGGUCAACUUCGCCGAGUUCUCCAAGAAGUGCUCCGAGAGAUGGAAGACCAUGUCUGCAAAGGAAAAAUCGAAGUUCGAAGAUUUGGCCAAGAGCGACAAAGCUCGCUAUGACAGGGAGAUGAAGAAUUACGUUCCUCCCAAAGGUGAUAAGAAAGGAAAGAAAAAGGAUCCUAAUGCUCCAAAAAGACCACCGUCUGCCUUCUUCCUGUUUUGCUCUGAACAUCGCCCAAAGAUCAAAAGUGAACACCCAGGCCUGUCUAUUGGAGAUACUGCAAAAAAAUUGGGCGAGAUGUGGUCUGAACAGUCUGCCAAAGAUAAACAGCCCUAUGAGCAGAAGGCAGCUAAACUAAAGGAGAAAUAUGAAAAGGAUAUUGCUGCAUACCGUGCCAAGGGCAAAAGCGAAGUAGGAAAGAAGGGUCCUGGUAGGCCAACAGGCUCAAAGAAGAAGAAUGAACCAGAAGAUGAGGAAGAGGAGGAGGAGGAAGAAGAUGAAGAUGAUGAGGAAGAAGAUGAGGAUGAAGAAUAAAUGGCUGUUCUAAAAUGUGUGGAGUAUAUGUGCUCAGGCAACUUAUUUUGCUAAGAAUGUGAAAUUCAAGUGCAGCUCAACAUUAGCUUCAGUAUAAAAACUGUACAGAUUUUUGUAUAGCUGAUGAGAUUCUUUGUAGAGAAAAUACUUUUUUUAAAAAGGAGUUUGUAGCUUUUCGGGGGGCUACAACAUACAGUUAGAUUUAAAGCUUUUGAUGUUGAAUGUUCCUAAAUAUUUAAUGGUUUCUUUAAUUUCUUAUGGUAGCACAGCAAACAUACAUAGGAAUUUGUAUUACCAGUAAAUUUCUUUUUUAGGAUGUUGCAUUUUCUCUUGUUAUUUU